GAAUAUCUUACAGCCUGACAGCCGUCGUCAUUCACACUCCGCGCGUCUCGUGCGCUCUUUCAUCUCGCGCUCUGAUAUUGUUACAUUGUUUCGUGCAGUCGUGACGUCGCGAAGGAAAGUAAUGACUGUACGCGUUUUUAAAUAACAAGAAGACGCGUUUGUUUUUAUCCGAACAUCCCCAGAACACCUUGGAUUUAAUCUGCAGAUCGAUAGUGGGUCAUUGCAAAUGCCAAAGAAGAUGACAGCUAGCUGCUGGACGAUCUGUCUGUUUCUGCUGGGAUCUGUCACUGAGUUCGUUGUUCUAGCCAGUCCUGAGGAAAGCCAGCAACUACAUCCCCAAAACGUGUACCAUGACAUCAGUGUUACCAGAAACAAGAUUGUGACGGCACAGUUUGAGUGCUAUCAGAAGAUCAUGAAGGACAGCAGCCAAGACAGAAGAGUUGGCCCGGUUUGUAACAGGACCUGGGAUGGAUGGUUGUGCUGGGACGACACAGAGGUCGGCAUCACUUCUGAGCAACAUUGCCCUGACUACUUCCAGGACUUUGACCCUACAGAAAUGGUCACCAAAAUAUGUACAGAAAGUGGGCAUUGGUUCUUGCAUCCUGAGAGCAAUCGCACAUGGACAAAUUUUACCAGAUGUAAUUUGCACACUACUGAAGGACGCAGGACUGCAAUGAAUUUGUUCUACUUGGCGCUAAUUGGUCAUGGGCUCUCUUUAACGUCUUUGUUCAUCUCGCUAGGCAUAUUCUUUCAUUUCAAGAGUUUGAGCUGCCAGAGAAUUACCCUGCACAAAAACCUUUUCUUUUCCUUUGUAUUAAACUCCAUCAUCACUAUCAUUUGGUUAACAGCAGUGGCAAACAACCAAGAACUAGUUCAGGAAAACCCAAUCAGCUGCAAAGUAUCACAGUUUAUCCAUCUAUACAUCUUUGGAUGCAACUACUUCUGGAUGCUCUGUGAAGGCAUUUACUUGCACACACUCAUUGUUGUGGCGGUUUUUGCUGAAAAACAGCAUUUAAUGUGGUAUUACCUUCUUGGAUGGGGUUUCCCUCUUAUACCCGCUACAAUACAUGCAGUGGCCAGGAGUUAUUACUACAAUGACAAUUGUUGGAUCAGCUCAAGUACUUCCCUGCUAUACAUUAUUCACGGGCCUAUCUGUGCAGCACUGCUGGUGAACUUGUUCUUUCUGCUUAACAUCGUACGAGUUCUCAUCACCAAACUGAAAGUGACACAUCAAGCAGAGUCCAGUCUGUAUAUGAAAGCGGUCCGAGCCACCCUCAUUCUGGUUCCACUGCUGGGCAUCCAGUAUGUUCUCCUCCCAUAUAAACCCGGGGGACGCGUGUCUGCCGAAAUCUAUGACUACAUCAUGCAUAUCCUAAUGCAUUAUCAGGGACUGUUGGUGGCCACAAUCUUCUGCUUUUUCAAUGGAGAGGUCCAAGCGGUUCUGAGAAGGUACUGGAAUCAGUACCGCAUACAAUUUGGAAGCACUAUCAUACAGUCUGAUGCUCUGAGGUCUGCAUCGUACACGGCGUCCUCCAUUACAGAGGUGCAGGGCUGUUACAGCAUCGACGGACACACAGAACACUUGAAUGGCAAAAACUGCCAUGACAUUGACAACAGCACCUUAAAGCCAGAGAAUCACUGAACAUUGCAGUAUGCUGCUUAAAGAAAACAGCAAAAAAAAAAAAAAAAAACUGUCACAUGGAUAAAUCGGACCAUUUUACCCAUAACUCACUGCUCAUUCUUUCUGAAGGGUGGAGAAAAGGCAUUUCUCCUAGAAUUUACACUGAAAUACAUUUUGCUACCUUCAUUUAAUGAUAAAUGGACAAAUAUAAGCAUUACUGGCCCUGUCUUUGUACUUUGCAGUAUUUUGUUUGCUCGAAGGCUGUGCGCAGUUCAAUCAAGUGUAAAUAGCUCUUUUUCAGAUUUCAUGUUUAAUGCACUUCUUUGUCUUAUAUUUGUCGCUGUGAUAAAAAAAAAAAAUAGAUAUAUUUAAUCCAAUGACCACGUUAAUUAGAAAUUUAUAUUUUUACUUAAAAACAAAAAACAGUAUGUUGUAAUGUAAAAAUGUAAAAGUGCCCAAAAGCCAGUGCUGUUUUUUCUUUUAUAAUGAUCAUUUAGUAUUUUAAUGUAAUUCUGGUAUUUUAAUGUGAAGUCAGUAGUAUAGCCAAUUUAGACAACUGACAAAUAUUUGUUAAUCUGGACAAAAACUAAACUGAAGAUUUUGUAUUUUUGCUAUAGUCAAUUUUGGCCACUAAUGCUAUUUAUCGGAAGGAUUCAAAGUAAAUCCGUUAUUUGACUCAAAUGACAGAUAUAAAGAUUGGUAAACAUGUGCUUUAGGGACCCCUAAAAAUGACACUGGAGAUUGGACCAUGAUUUAUUUAACAUUUCUAGGUUUAAUAAGAACUCUAUGUGAAGCCUUACAGUACCAAAACAAGCUUACCACUUUAAGAUAUAUUUCUUAACUUUUAUGCUUAUUUUUUCACGAUUAAAUUUAUACUACACGUGCCACAAUCUCAGUGUUUUUGACUUCAUAUUUCUUGUAGUGUUUUCCUGUCUUGCUCUCGUGUCAAAGGCAGGGAUGUCUUUCACCCACUCUACCUAAAUUCAAUUACAUUCCAUAUGAUAUGAAUAAUGUACCCAGUGUUUAUGUCGCAGCGUUUCUUAAACUCACUCCAUUUUAGACUUCUCUGACAAUCAACAAGUAAUCGUAAUGCCUAUAAGGGAUGGUUUACCCAAAUAUGAAAAAUGUCUUUAUUUACUCAUAUUCAUGACGAUCCUAAAUCGAUGAUCGUAGGUCAUAAAUGCAACCCGUAUCUGACUCAUGCACUAUAUUCAAAGUCAUACAAUAUUUAAAUGUCAAUCUGUUCACUUUACAUGACAAACAGACUGAAAUGCGAGUCAUUAUUAACUGUGAGUUAAAUUAUUAUUUUUCGAUUGGUUCUGUUCAGGGAGCCAAUUUAUAUGGUUCCCAAAUACAUACGUGAAAAAUUUUAGGGUGAACUAUUAAUAAUUUCUGCUUUUGUCCAUAUGCAUAUUGAAAGCAUGCAAACAGAAUUGUUGGCAAUGCUACAAAUGCAGGAAUGUGCUUGUAUUAAUUAUGUAAAUAUUAUGUUCUUAUCUGUAAUCACAUUUGAAUAUUUUAUAGGGGUGUGCAUAAUAUCGCUUUGUACUGCAGACAUGCCGUGUGCGCAUUUCUUCUACCCUAAACAGCAAUGUAACUCAUUCUGGGUUCAGAACAAAUCAGUAUUAAUAUUGCAGAUGACGGCACUUCGCAGCAUGUAAACAAAUGCCAAUCAUACAUAUUGUCUCAUUUCAUCAGGUUUUUAACGAUCAGACUCAAUAUGCUUCUCCUUGAAUGUCAUUUAUUUUUCAUGAAUGUGUGCCAAUUACUGUUGCUCAUAAUGCUUCCUGAUGUUUUUUGUUGUGUUGUUUUGUGAUAAUUUGUGUGUUUUAAUGAAAACAAGACACUCACUGCAGGACGGUCUCAUAUGUUUCAUGCAUACAUAUGCUUGUCGUUUUUUGACCUUGUAUUUAAGGUUGUACUUUGUGUGAAAGUAAUCAGAAUUGUUGUAUCGUGCAUAGGCUGCACCUAAAUUCGACCGCUUCAGAUGUUCUUUUCUGUAUGAAUGUAAUUUGUCUUUCGUUUAUUUGAGGUGUAUCCGUGUAACAUUUAUUUCAUAAAAUGUGGGGAGUGUUGCAAUCAUGUGUAUCGUAUUCUGCAAUUAUAGAAGAUUAUUUCAA